GUCUCCAGAGUUCAUUCAUCUCUUCUUUUAGCGGACCGUCGUCACCCCCUCGCACUCCUCCCACCGAUUGGACCAGCGCCUCCAAACGAGAACUUUCUCGUUUCCUCCUCCCCCCUCCCCCCCAAAAAAAAACACUGCCGCCUUUUGCACCGGCCGCGGGCGGUAGUACACCUAAAGAUAUAUCGAUGAAGAGGGAGGGGGAGGUGGUGCGGGUGGGCAAGUACGAGGUGGGGCGGACGCUUGGGGAGGGCAACUUUGCCAAAGUCAAGCUCGCUCGCCACGUCGACUCCGGCCGCUGCUUCGCCGUCAAGGUCCUCGAGCGCAAGCGCAUCCUCGACCUCCAUACCCACGAUCAGAUUAAGAGGGAGAUUGGCACGCUGAAGCUCCUCAAGCAUCCCAACGUCGUCAGAUUGUACGAGGUCCUGGCGAGCAAAACCAAGAUCUACAUGGUUCUCGAAUACGUCGAUGGGGGCGAACUAUUUGAUAGAAUAGAGUCUAAAGGAAGACUAUCAGAACCCGAAGGGCGUAAGCUUUUCCAGCAGCUGAUCGAUGCUGUCAGCUAUUGCCAUGAAAAGGGUGUUUUCCAUAGAGAUCUGAAGCCAGAGAAUGUGCUUCUUGACACACAAGGAAAUGCUAAGAUCUCAGACUUCGGCCUCAGUGCUUUGCCUCAACAGUUUGGGCAUGACGGUUUACUGCACACUACAUGUGGGAGUCCGAACUACGUUGCUCCUGAGGUUAUUGCCAACAAAGGCUACGAUGGUGCAAUGUCAGACAUCUGGUCUUGUGGUGUGAUCUUGUAUGUCAUUCUUACUGGAUGUCUUCCCUUUGAUGACACAAACCUUGCCGUUCUCUAUCAAAAGAUCUUAAAAGGUGAUGUCCAGAUACCCAAAUGGCUUUCGCCAGGAGCCCGUAACUUGAUAACGAGAAUUCUUGAUCCAAAUCCUCAUACCCGGAUGAACAUGGCUCAGAUCAAAGAAGACAAAUGGUUCAAGCAAGAUUAUGACCCUGCUAAGCCAGAGGAAGAUGAAGAAGAUAUAAGCAGUGACGAUGAAGCCUUCUCGAUCAAAGAGGUUGCAGAGGCAGAGAGACAUGGAGAUGCAUACACCCAUAUCAAUGCUUUCGAGCUAAUUGGAAUGUCUUCCUGCCUUGAUCUCUCUGGGUUUUUUGAGGAAGAGGAUGCCUCUGGGAGAAAGAUCAGAUUCACCUCAAAUUGUCAACCAGAGGAGCUGCUGAAGAAGAUCGAGGACAUUGUCUCAGGAAUGGGAUUCCAGGUGCAGAGAGGCCAUGGCAAGCUAAAAGUCGUGCAACUGUGUGACAGCAAGUCAAGCAGCAGAUCCUUUUCAGCUGUUGCUGAGGUGUUUGAGCUCGGUCCUUCAUUGUACGUGGUGGAAUUAAGGAAAACGCAGGGAGACUCUUCCUUAUAUCGGCAGCUUUGGGCAAAGCUCUCAGAUAACUUGGGAGUCUACAAAAGCCAAGAGGCUUUGACAAAGCAGCCAUUGUUGACAGAGCUCACAGGAUUAGGAGGGAGUCCUGUUAUUGCUGCAUGAUUUCAUGUUGAAGCCCACAAGUAUUUUCUUCGAUGCAGUAAGCGUCGGUGUGGGAGAAUGGAAGCAAUACGUUAUUCUGUUUGAUUGAAACCUAUUAUUCUCUGUUAUAUGUUGUCCAUGAACAUCUAAGAUAUUAAUAUUAUUCCAAUUGAAGGGGUUCGUCAUCAUAUAAAAAUUAUCGUUGACGGUAAA